CAUCGUCUCACCAUGUUAUCAAUCCAUCUUGCCACUUCUUUCCUCCCACACAACAGCACGGAGCCAGAUAACCGACAGGCGACGACAGCGAUGGCGAUUCUUGGUGCAUCACCGGCAGCACCACCGUGGAGCUUGCUCUGCGCGCUCGGGGCCCUGGUAUUUCUGUGGUGGGCCUGGCGGGCUCUGGAGCGAACCUGGUUCAUCCCACGGAGGCUGGGCCGCGCCCUGAGGGCACAGGGCCUCCGCGGCACGGCGUACCGCUUCCCUGCCGGCGACAUGAAGGAGUUCAUCCGGCUCGGCGCCGAGGCAUGCUCCGAGCCCAUGCCGUUGCAGUCGCACGCCAUCACACCCCGAGCGGUUCCCUUCGAUCACAGCGUCAUAAAGCAGCAUGGUAAUGUCGCUGUGACUUGGUUCGGGCCGGAGCCGAGAGUGAUCGUGAACGACCCUAAACUGCUGCGAGAGAUCCUGGCGAACAAGCACGGCCAGUUUGGGAAGCAGAGGUCCACUGCUUGGAUUGAGAGGCUGUUGGCGAACGGGCUGACGACACACCAAGGCGAGAAGUGGGUCACACACCGGAGGAUAAUCAACCAUGCCUUCCAUCUCGAGAAAUUGAAGAGGAUGUUGCCGGCUUUUGCUGCCUGUUCCAGUGAACUGAUAGGCAGAUGGGAGGAUUCUUUGGGGUCUGAUGGUGUCCAAGAGAUAGAUGUCUGGCCAGAGUUCCAAAAUCUCACAGGCGACGUCAUCUCCCGCGCGGCAUUCGGAAGCUGCUUCAGUGAAGGGAGAAGGAUCUUCCAGUUGCAAUCGGAGCAGGCACAGAAUGCUGUAAAGAUGGCAAACACAAUGCAUAUCCCAGGUUGCAGCUUCCUACCAACAAAGCUAAAUAGAAGGAUGAAGACAAAUCGGCAUGAGGUGGAAGCACUUCUGAAAGGCAUAAUCACAAAGAGGGAGAAGGCAAUGAAGGAGGGCCUUACCAAUAACGACGAUCUACUAGGAUUGUUACUCGAGUCAAACAUCAAAGAAAGCCAAGAAAGCGGGAGCGCCAAGCCAACAAUGACCACAGAAGACAUUAUUGGGGAGCUCAAGUUGUUCUACUUCGCCGGAAUGGAGACAACCGCGGUGCUGCUCACAUGGACAAUGGUUGUGCUAAGCAUGCAUCCAGAGUGGCAGGACCGUGCAAGGGAGGAGGUUCUUCGCGUCUUUGGGAAGAACCAGCCAGACUCCGAUGGCAUAAAUCAGCUCAAAGUUGUGACAAUGAUAUUAAAUGAGGUUCUCAGGUUGUACCCACCUAUCCUACAACUUGGUCGGGAAACGUAUCAAGAGACAGAGCUUGGAGGUGUCAGGUAUCCACCUGGUGUCACAUUCGCGUUGUCAACUGUGUGCAUUCACCAUGAUCCCGAUGUCUGGGGAGAAGAUGUUGAUGAGUUCAAGCCAGAGAGGUUCAUGGAGGGCGUCUCCAAGGCGUCCAAGGACGCUCCGGCAUUCUUUCCUUUCGGUUGGGGCCCGCGGAUAUGUGUCGGCCAGAACUUCACAUUGCUCGAAGCCAAGAUGGGCUUGACCAUGAUCCUGCAGAACUUCUUGUUUGAGCUCUCACCGUCUUACACGCAUGCACCUUGCCCAGUCUCCACUCUGCAGCCACAGUAUGGGGCACAUAUUAAGCUCAAGAAACUCUAGUACUUUUUACUAGAAUCACAGGUGAAUCAUGGACAUAGGGAUUAGGGGGUGAUACUAGAAUAUGUCAUGUAAUUUGCUUAUGAACUUAUUAUUGUAACUAAAUAAGUACUUGUGAUCAACUACCAAAUAGCAUUGGUAGUGGUCGCUACCACACUCUAGCAGUAAUGGGUCCAAAUGCUACUGAGAAUCUGAGAUGGCAUGGCGCUUUAAAAUUAAACAGCGAUCGGGAAUAUGUGGAUUGGUUUUGUUGCAAGUUGUAUUUGAAUUUCAUUAGAAUAUAUA